AAAAACUCACCAAGUUCUGGCUAUAUUGUUUUGGAGUUAUGUUAAUUACAACACCCCCACCCAACAAGCAUAAUAUCAGACUUUAAUAGGGAUUAACUUUUGUUUUGUUUUUUGUUUUUUUAAAUUUUUUUCAUUUUCGUAAAAAUCUUAAUUUUUCUGGAGGCAGUCGAUAUCUGUUAGUGUUACUUAAUUCUCUCUCUUUAUAGAGCCAUCUGGUGAAAGAGCGAAAAACCACCAAACGGCUAUAAUUGACGUUACUAGUUUACAGAAAGAGAGAGAGAGGCAGCCAGAGGGAGAGACCGGAGAGAUUGAGAUAAACUUUAAGAUUCGUUGGGUUUUGCUGGGAUUGCCUUGCCGUCUUUCUCUUUGAAAUUGUGUCCUUUGACUCCUUUGGUUCGUCGAGGGAUCGAUCUGGGUCUCAACGAUCUGAAUUUACUCGCAGAGAAAUAGAGGGAGACGCAGAGACAGAGGACGAAUUGGGCAUUUUCCUUCUUGUUUCCACAUACUCUAUAUAAUCAUGUCAGAUGGGUAUUAUAAUUCUAAGAAGACUGAUGAUAUCUGCGAAGGCGUUUGUGGCCAGGUACUUAGAUGGAUAUAGUCUCGCCCCUGCUAACUAAGUUUUUGAUUGAAGGCAGGGAACUCGUGCAGAGCUGAUUAUGUCAAGACUCCGAUGUAUUCUGCGAGGGUUGGACCUGAGGACCUAUAUGAUUUUGUUUAUGAUUGUCCCCAUAUGCAUCUUCGGUGUAUAUUUGCAUGGGCAGAAGAUCACUUACUUUCUAAGACCAAUAUGGGAAUCACCUCCGAAGCCCUUCCACAAUGUCCCUCACUAUUAUAAUGAGAAUGUAACAGUGGAGACUCUUUGUAAACUUCAUGGGUGGGGAAUUCGUGAAUCGCCAAGACGAGUCUAUGAUGCAGUUCUUUUCAGUAAUGAGCUUGACAUCCUUACAAUUCGAUGGAAUGAAUUGUAUCCGUAUGUGACACAGUUUGUUCUUCUCGAAUCAAACUCAACAUUCACAGGUUUGCCUAAACCAUUGCUCUUCGCGAGCAACCGUGACCAUUUCAAGUUUAUUGAACCUCGGCUGACUUAUGGGACGAUUGGAGGAAGAUUCAAGAAAGGCGAAAAUCCAUUUGUUGAAGAGGCAUAUCAGAGAGUAGCACUGGACCGGCUCUUGAAAAUUGCAGGCAUAGAAGAUGAUGAUUUGUUGAUAAUGUCUGAUGUCGAUGAGAUUCCAAGUGCCCACACAAUUAAUCUCUUGAGAUGGUGUGAUGACAUUCCGCCUGUCCUUCACCUUCGCCUGAGGAACUACUUGUAUUCAUUUGAAUUUUAUAUGGACAACAAGAGCUGGAGAGCUUCGGUCCAUAGGUACAAAACUGGAAAGACAAGAUAUGCACAUUAUCGACGAACUGAUGACAUCUUGACAGAUGCGGGGUGGCACUGUAGCUUUUGCUUUCGCCAUAUCAGCGAAUUUGUGUUUAAGAUGAAGGCUUACAGUCAUACUGAUCGGGUCAGGUUUUCUCAUUACCUGAACCACGAAAGAAUUCAGGAUGUAAUAUGCAAAGGGGCUAACCUGUUUGACAUGAUUCCGGAGGAGUACACAUUUAAGGAGAUUAUUGGAAAGAUGGGACCUAUUCCUCAUUCUUAUUCAGCAGUUCAUUUUCCAGCAUAUUUGUUGAACAAUGCUGAGAAGUACAAAUAUCUGUUGCCUGGUAACUGCCGAAGAGAAAGUGGCUGAGUAUUGAAAAAUGACGUGUCUUUUGUGAAGAUUGGAGAUACAGAUCGUGCACUUCACUUAAUAGGGUUCGAUUUGAUAAUUGAUGGUUUUGGUGAAGCAGUGAUACUAGUAUACAUUAAAUCUAACAAAGUGUAGGUCACUGUAUACGGAGAGCAAAGAAAUAACUUGCUGGUCCUUGGAAUUUGAUGGGGAAACUCUCUAUAUCCUCUUUUUAGGGAGUUGGGUUUAUUCCGAUAUGGAGGAGGCAUUCCAAUUUUCCAAGUAGGAAGCUCGCUGCGAGGAGAUUAUCUCUACGGUUAUGGAAGGCUUAAGUACCAUAUCUUGUUGCUGUGGCACGAUCGCCUUAUUGCAUAGUUCCUGGACUUUCCAAUGCUGGGAAUUUGGCUUUCUUAGACUCAUAUACUUCUAUCACAACUUGGGUUGUGUAUUCCUGAUAUGUAUCAACUGAUUAUUGUUGGAUCUUCCGUUGAUCAUAUUGCUGAUUUAUUCUUUUUCCCUACCGCUGCAGACCUUAAGUUAAUAGUGCAUAGUUAAAUUUCAA